CUUGGCGCCUCGUGGAGAAAGGGAACAAUUUGGUUGGAGUUCUCGGACUUUAAUACCAGCAGUAACACAGCGUUUACAUUACUGGCUAAUACUGAGUGUGUGUGAGAAAAUGAACUAAAGAUGGUGAUUGAGUAAUUUGCGGGGGGGUGGAUCGAUCCUCAGUUUAGUCUAAGUAUCUGUUUCCGCUCCACAUAGGUGUUCUUCCUGGUUGUUGAUUAGAUUUUGUAGUUGCAACAUUUCGGCCUCGAGCAAGUUCCAAUAGAAUGCACGCGACGAUACAAACUAGCAGUCGAGCUUUCGAAAGUGUACCAUCUAUGUAACGAUAUUUUUUUUUUUUUUUUUUUGCGAUUCGAAGCUUUCCCGUUGCGCUGAAGGAUUCGUGCAAUGCAGUGUUCCUUUUGAUUGAGUCCAAAAUGCCCGACUUCUGUGCUGCAGCAAACUGCAAUCCGAGUACCGACCAGUCUAACGUUUCCUUCUUCAGGUUCCCGCUGGACCCGGACCGAUGUAAACAAUGGAUAGGAAACUGCCGCAGACCAGAUCUGGAAAGCAAAACACCUGAAUUUUUACACAGGAACUAUAAAUUGUGCUCUAAACAUUUUGAGACGUCAAUGAUAUGCCAACAAAGCGCCCUUAAGUCCAUUUUGAAGGAGGAUGCAGUUCCUACUUUAUUUGACUUUACAACCAACGAGGAGAUGGCUCAAAACAGCAGCAGAAAAAGAACAAGAGAGAAAACCGAAGAGGAGACGGUUGUCACAAAGAAAACUAAAGGUACCACAGAUAACUCAAAGCUCUCUGAAAUAACAGCAGAAGCUGAAGUUAAUGUUGAGAGUGACCCUGUUGAGAACAUCGAAACGCAAAAUCCUCCUUUACAUGAUGAAUCAGAGAAGGAGGAUCCUGCUAUUUCCAAAGCCAAGGAAACUUUGAAAGACUACUUCAAGGAGACUUUAGCUUUAACUGGUUUCAGCAUCUGCAACAAUCCAGCUCUCAACUCUGCCAAACCACUGGGAAAAGACCCAGCUGGACCACUCUCUGUCAAUGCCAUAUGUGCAGAGAAGAUUGACCGGAGAGAAGUGCUCACCUUAGGAGAGGAUGUUAUGCGUGAAGAGAUUCGCAAUGGAUUGCGCCUUGCGCGCUUUUUCUCCAUACUUCUCGAAGACAAGAUAAACACUGAGGGCCAGGACCAGAUCCCUGUGUUUGUACGCUCAAUGACAGGUGUAGGCUUCCCACAAAAGCACCUUAUGGGAUUCCUUCCCUGUGACAUUGACUCUGACAAUCUUUUUCUCAUGCUUAUAUCUGAGAUCCGCAAUAAGUGGGGCCUGCGAAUGGAGCACUGCCGCGGGUUCACAUACCUGUCAACCGGUAGCAUGUGUCUUAAGUUGAAGGAACUCGCCUGCAGGAUGCUGCGGGAUUUUCCACAGGUGGUGUUAGCCCCCUCUGACCCUUACGCCUUCAAUGUGUGGUUGAUUCGCUCCAUACCUAUCCUUUCAAUUCAAGAGGUUGUUGGUACUGUUGAGGAGGUCGCCGCUGUUAUUAGGCAGUCUGAAACUCUGGCGAAGAAGCUUGAGGCCAAGAUCACUGCUUCAUAUGGCCACAUCAAAGGUGAGGUGGACAGAGUCAAGGAUGCUUGCCAUAACCAUUGGGAAUAUGGCACCGAUGCUUUCCAGACAAUGCUUGAAAUCUUGGAGCCCGUUUUGAACAGCAUUGGAGAGAUGUGCACCAGUGCCCUUUCAGAUGUAGACGCAGAAACCGUUGAAGCACUUCUAAAGCUUAAAGAGAAGCUAAAGAAUUUUAACUUCAUUAUUACUCUUGUGGUCUUGAAGAGCACAUUGUGCUGUGUAAGCAUCCUGAACCCCAGUCUCAGGGGAAUAAUCAGUGUCAGCAGCACUUUACAAUACACAAUCUCCAACGCCUUAAAGCUUCUCACCAAACAUAUGCAGGAGAUCGCCAUUUUUCAUAGGAAGUGGUUCUCUGAUGCAGUGUGCAGGGCUAAAAAGUUGGGUGUGCCGGUCAGUCUGCCAGUAGAUUUGGUGACAAAUGGUGAAGAUGCAGAGAAAGCCCAGUCCUCAUUGGAGGAUUACUACAGGGAAGCACUGAGCAAGUUGGUCUUGCAAUACCUUGUUGAUGAAGUCAAAAGAGUCCUAGGUCCUGAAAUGAUAAGAAUCCUCAGAUGGUUGUCAUUGGUGCCAUCGUACAUGGCUGACCACAAUUUUAGCAUCCGCAAAGACAAAGUUGCUGAUGCUAACCUGAAUAACUUGGCUCGACCUGACUCCUUUUAUGAUGAGCUGGGCUGUUGGGAAGUGAAAUGGAGGCAUGCUAGCAAGCGACGGAUUCUUCCCACCAAUGUAUAUGCUACCCUCAAGAUCCCAGAUAUAGGCUUUUACCCAAAUAUACAGAGCCUGUUGAGGGUGCUGGGUACCAUUCCAUGUAUCAGAGCUGAAGCAGAUGUGUAUGGGCAGUAUGAGAUGGUGCUUGACAGGUAUCGCUCUUAUAUGAAGGAGGUACCAGCAGAAAAGAGACUGUGCAAUAUGGCCUUUGUUUAUGUGAAUCAAGAUGUUCACUUCAGCAUUGAGGAAAUGGUGGAGGCGUAUGUUAAGAAAUAUCCGGAAAUCCUGGAGCAAUUGCGUGAGGAUGAAGUGAUGGAAGUGCAGCCAUCAGUUCCAGAAACCAGUGCAAAUGACACUACUAAAGAAGAUAUGGAAGAACCAAGAGAGAUGACUUUAAAUAUGGAAACUGAGAGACAGAAACUGCCUGAAUGUGCAGAAACUGAUAAAGAAGCUUUGAAAUCUGCAUUACAGGCUGCUGUCACUGCAGCCUAUUGCAGGCAAAGCAGACAAUCCCAUGGUGAUCAAGAUCAAGAAGUGGAAUACGUGACCAAAUCUGAGAUUAAUGAAGUCCUUAAAGUGUGUGAGGAUGUUGUCAGGGAAAGAAUUCUUUCAGAGGUUGGAAAUGCAUUCUUCUCCCUUUUUAUUGACCGUGUUGUCAAGCUUGGAGAGACCGACUACUUACCCAUGUUCCUCAGAUUUGUUGAUAGUUUUGAUGUCAUGCGCCUUGAGCUUAUGGGAUUUGUCGAGGUGACUCUGGACACAGAGGACAUGUGUGAACGACUUUUUGAUGUCAUAACUAAAGAGUGGCAUCUGGAUUUAAGCUACUGUAGGGGUCAAGCUUACCUUGGCUCAGGUGAAGUGUCCUACAAGCUCAAAGCCUUUGCAUGCAAAAUACAGGAGAAGUAUCCACUUGCUAUAUGCACACACUGCUCAUGUUACUCUUUCAAUACUUGGUGGUCAAGGUCCGUUCCUGUCGCCGCAAUCGUCAGAGCCAUAGAUACAUUAGAGGAGAUAGUGUCAUUUUUCCGCAGCACUCCUGCCCUUGAGAAACAAUUAGAUGAAGUCUUAGCCAUAGGCCUGAGAGAGAGCUAUGAGAAAAUCCAUGAGCUUCAAGGAAAAUUCUGCUCCUCUUGGCUGGAGAAGCAUGACUCGUAUGAAGUCUUUUCUCAGAUUCUAGAGCCUUUGGCAGUGUGUCUCGAAAAUAUUAGUAACGGCAUGCCACAAAAAUGGAGUUUGGCAGUAUCCAACCGAGCCAAGAGACUGAUUCAGUUCAUUCGGGACUUUGACUUCAUCGUGGCAAUGGUUACACUGAAAAAUGCCUCGUCCUUCACUAGAGAACUUAGUGCAGCACUACAGAAAGACCAUUUUAGUGCUGCCUCACAGCUCUGCCAGAUCAGUGGCAUUGUGGCCACGCUCAACCGGGUGAAGACCAACAUCAAGGUUUUUCAUCAAAACUGGUUUGAUGAAGCUUGUGCUUUUGCACAAAAUAUGGGUGUGCAGGUUAAAUUGCCUGAUAGUGUGACAGUUCCAAGGGACAGCCUCUUGAAGCCAGGUACGUACUACAAAGACACAACUAGUGUCCCUUUAGUUGAUCACCUCAUAAACAUGGUGAAGGACUAUUUCUCUGAUGACCACAAGGAGGCGCUAAAUCUUUUGUCCCUGGUCCCGAGCUCUGUUACGAUGAGCUAUGUUUUUGAAACUCUCAAGUCAAAACCUCCAUUGUACGUCGGUGACCUUCCGGAUCCUGACAACUUUUUCACUGAGCUCAGCUGCUGGAAAGUUAAGUGGAAAACAAAAGUGGUUAGUUUAACCAUACCAGAGACCAUUUUCCAGACUUUGCGCCUACCACUCAUGCAGUAUUUUGUAAACAUCAAUACGUUGCUGAAGAUUAUGUGCGUGUUGCCAAGCACUGCUCUGGAAUACUGCGGCGAUGUGAAGCGGCAUACAAUGUAUCAAGACUACUUGAGAAACACCUCGCGUAAGGACAGAUCACCUUGUUUAGCCAUGCUUCAGGUGGGCACAGACUUCAACAGAGACCUAGACAGGAUGGUUGCUCAAUGCUUAAGGGUCACCCCAAAGACUCUAGAGGGCAUAUGCCUGGACAAAGAAUCCAAAACUUUAGUGAGGACUGCUGAAAUAAAAAUAGAGGAUGACAAUCAAGAAGAUGGAGUAGAGGUCAGGGACACUGUACAGGACAGAGACUCCAGGAAACAAGUGAUGAAUUCACAGAUGGCAAUCAAAGGAAUCGUCCAAGAGGCAGCAGAGUGCAUAGAGACACAGCAACAGUCUGAAAACUCAGUUGAAGUGGUGACUGAGGAGCAAAACAAAAAACCUGAUGUAGAGGAGCAGACUGUGGAUAAGAAUUGCCAUUCUGUUGAGCCUGCAAACAACAUUCAGAACUUUGUAAAAGUCUUCAAACAGGCAGCUAUGGUUGCAAGGAGAAACUGCUCAUUGAUCGACCUCAGUAAACAAGAGCAAGAUGAUGUUGUUCAGAAGCUUUCAUCAUGUCAUUGGGUUCAGGAAGAAGGGAAGUUGUUUUCAGAGGGGGAAAUGCUGCAAAACAUUGUGAAAGCCAUAAGAGAAACGAUCCUCACUGAAGUUCAGGACUCCCCUUUCUUUUCCAUCAUCAUUGAUAGAGCUAUCUCAGUGGGUGAGGCCAAGUUCCUACCAGUCUUUGUUAGAUAUGUGAAUGACUGCAUUCCCAAAGUGGAGCUCAUAGGUUUUCUGCCCUUUGAUGAAAGUUCUGAUGUAAAUUUGCAAGCAAAGGCCCUGUCAGCCACUCUUGAGGAUGAAUGGGGACUUCAGAUGGGCUGCUGUCGUGGCCAGUCCAUCAUGUGCAUGGGUACAGGGAGCCAAAGUCUUAGGAAGAUGGCCAUGGACUUUCUAGAGAGCUAUCCGUUAGCUGUGAACACACCAAGUGAGUCUUGUGGACUUGCCUACUGGCUGGCUUUAAGCCUACAGAAUGCCUCCAUCACAAAGGUUCUAGACAUAGCUGAGGAUGUGUUACAGUUUUUUGACCAGUCACCUAGACUAGAGAGUGAGCUUGCCAAAACCAUGGAUGGGCUUCUAAAUACCCCGCGUGAAGCACUUGCAGAGAUCCCAGAGACCUGCUUGUCCAGAUGGAAGAAGAGAGAAGACUUCUUUGAUAUUCUGGUGGACAUGCUGGAGGGAGCCUUGAACUGCUUGGAUUUAGUGACCACAAAUCCCAGUGGAUCAUGGAGUAGCAAUAUGUCGCUGCAUGCUCAGACCCUGUCCACAGCUAUCAGGCAGGCUGAUUUUGUAAUUCCCUUAGUGAUUUUGAAGAACGCCUGUGCUCCCUUGAGGAACUGCAGCACUGUGUUUCGCUGUGGAAACCCUGCUGAUAUUAUCUGCGAGCUUGAGAAAAUUGUGCCAAUAAUAGAUUCUCUAAGCAAGAUGUUGGAAAAUGCGAGUGCAGUGCAUUCUACUUGGUUUGAGGAGGCAGUGGAACUGGCUACUAAGGUCACAGGAUCGCUAUCAUAUCCAGAAUCUGUCAGUGGCUACAAGUCACCUGAAGUGUUCUACAAGGAAACAGUGAGCUUACCAGUUCUUAAUAGUUUGAUUGAAGAAAUGAAGUUCAAUUUCUCAGAGAAUCACCUGAAAGCUCUAAAGGUGUUGUCCCUGCUGCCGACCUGUAACCCUCUACCCAUUCUCCCAGAAUCCACCGAUAAAUUGCACACCAUCUACAUGAGUGAUCUCCCUGAACCAGAAACAGCUGAGGAAGACAUUAACACCUGGGCCACAUUAUGGAGGGAAAAGUAUCAAGAUGUUUCUCCUCCCACCUCCAUCUCUGAGACAUUGCUCCACAAUGAAGCCAAAAAUCUUCCAAAUGUUGCAACACUUCUUAAGCUAGUGGCUGUGUUACCUAGCAUUAGCAUGGAGUGCGAUCUUAUGAAGACCACUCUGAACUCCUUGAGGACUUUAGUCAGAGAUGGUAUCUUCAGUAGGGGUAGUAAGAGCGAUGCUGUUGUGCUUCUUAUGCAUCGCCAGAUACUCCAGAGCCUGGAUGAGGUGAUUGAGAAAUGCAUGGAGAGUGAUCCAGAGAGUCAUCAAUUUCUUGCUCAGGUAAAAGCAAGAGCCAAUCACCUGAGAAUGGAAAGUGAGGUGAUUGCCAUGGCUCCACAAGAGAUCACUGAGGAUACAAAUGGUUCUGAUUGUCCACAGGUGGCAAAGGAUGCUGUUAUUGAAGUUAACUCCGCUGCUUCAGAGGAAAUUUCAAUGGAAACCAAUGGCUCUACUUGUAUAGAAUUGGCUAAAGAUACAUCUGUCAUAACUACACCUGAGCAACAGUCAUCUUUAACACUUGACAGCUCUGAUAAACACACAACUGCACUUCAGGUCAUCCAUGCUUGCAGCUCACUAAUAAUCAGCACACCUCACCAACCAACAGAAUCCAUCCAAGAUGCCACUAAGCAAUCCAAAGCAGUUGAACAAGAUAGAACUGGUGAACUGAUGGCAGUUCAAGAUGUAAAUGAUGGGUCUGAUGUACUUGAUCAAUGUGGAAUUGGUCUGACAUUAAGAGAAGAUCAAAGUGCAUCUAAUCAGUUAAUGGCUGUGGGUCAAGGUAGAAUUGAGAAGUCUGAAAUGGAACUGCAAGUUAGAACUGGUCAGUUAGUAUCAGUCUAUCAAAAUGAAACCGAUCAACCCAUGGAAGUUGAUGAGAGUGGAAAUGAACAGUUUGUAGCACCAGAUCAAGGUGAAACUGACCAGCCAGCAAUAAGGGAACAAAUAGUACCAGAUUCAUUCAUGGAAGCUGGGCAAGUUAAAACUGAUCAGUCUUUAGUAGAAGGCCAAGAUGAAGGUUGUCACACUGUAACAGGGUUGGCACAUGAAGGUGGAACUGGCCCGUUGGGAUCAGGGGAUCAAAAUGCAUCUGUUCAGCUCUCGGCAGUUGGUCAUGGCAUAAAUGAUCAGGUGGUGUCAGGGUAUCAAAGCGAAAGUGAUCAGGUUAUGGAAGUUGAUCAGAGUGGAGAUUAUCAGUCUGUUGCAGCAGAUCAGGGUGGAACUGAUCAACCAGCAACUGAACAAAGUGUAGCUGAGCAGUUAACAGUUGGUCAAGUUGAAACUGGUCAGUCUGUAUUAGAAGGUCAGAAUGAAGUUUGUCAGAUAGUAACUGGGUUAGGAGAUGAAGGGGGGAAUGCUAAGUUGGUAACAUGGGCUCAAAUUGGAUCUGAUCAACUUGUGGCAGUCGAUGACUCUAAAAAGGAUCAGUCCAUUUUAGCAGAUAAAUAUGGAACUGGCCAAUCAGUAACUGGAGAUAAAAGUGUAGCUGAUCAGUUCGUGGCAGUUGGCCAAGUGGAAACUGAACAUUCAGUAGUUGCAUGUCAGGUUGAGGCUGAUCAGACAGAAACCGCAAAUGAAGAUGAAGCUAGUCGGUUAGUAUCAGAGGAUCAAAAUGAAUCUGAGCAGCUUAUGUUUGUUGACACUUCAAAUGAUCAGUCUGUAACAGCAGAUCAGAUUGUUACUGAUCAGUUCAUGACAGUUGGUCUAGAUAAAACUGUUUAUUCUAUAGUAGAGCAUGAAACUGAGACUGAUCAGUCAGAAACGGAUUUAGCAAAUGUAGGUGCAGUUGAUAAAUUAGUAUCAGGGGAGCAAGGUGGAUCUGAUCCGCUCAUUGUAGUUGUUGACUCUGGAAAUGUUCAGUCUGUAACAACAAAUCAAAAUGGAACUGGUCAGUCAGUAACAGGAGAUCAGAGUAUAGCUGAUCAGUUCAUAGUAGUAGGUCAAGUUGAAACUGAUAAUUCUGUAGUAGAGAGUCAAGAAAAGGCUGGUUUGACAGAAAUAGGAUUAGCAAAUGAAGGUGGAACUGCUCCAUUAAUAUCAGAGGAUCAGGGUGGAUCUGAUCAGCUCAUGGAAGUUGACUCUGGAAGUGAUCAGUCCAUAACAGCAGAUCAAAGUAGAAUUGGUCAGUCAGUAACAGGAGUUCAGUGUGUAGCUGUUCAAUUUAUGGCAGUUGAAGUUGAAACCAAUCAUACUAUAGUAGAGAGUCAAGAAAAGGCUGGUCUGACAGAAAUGGGAUUAGCAAAUGAAGGUAGAACUGGUCAGAUAGUAUCAGGGGAUCAAAGUGGAUCUGAGCAGAUCAUGGUAGUUGACUCUGGAAGUGAUCAGUCCAUAACAGCAGAUCAAAAUCGAAUUGGUCAGUCAAUAAGAGGAGAGAAAAAUUUUGCUGAUCUAUUCAUGGCACUUGAAGUUGAAACUGAUCGUUCUAUAGUAAAGGGUCAAGAAAAUGUUGGUCAGACAGAAAUCGGAUUAGCAAACGAAGGUGGAACUGGUCACUCAGUAUCAGGGGAUCAAAGUGGUUCUGAGCAGCUCAUGGUAGUUGACUCUGGAAAUGAUCAGUGCGUAACAGCAGAUCAAAAUAAAAUUGAUAAUUCAGUAACAGGAGAUCAAAGUGUAGCUGAUCUAUUUGUGGCAGUUGGUGAAGUUAAAACUGAUUGUUCUAUAGUAAAGAGUCAAGAAAAUGCUGGUCAGACAGAAAUCGGAUUAGCAAACGAAGGUGGAACUGGUCAGUUAGUAUCAGGGGGUCAAAGUGGAUCUGAGCAGCUCAUGGUAGUUGACUCUGGAAAUGAUCAGUUUCUAACCGCUGAUCAAAGUGGAACCUGUCAGUCAGUAAUAGAUCAACAUAUUGCUCUUCCCUUUAUGGCAGUUGAAGUUGACACUGAUCAUUCUAUAGUAGAGGGUCAAAAUGAGGCUGGCCAGACAGAAAUUGGGUUGGCAAAUGAAAGUGCUAGUCACUUGGUAUCAGAUUAUCAAAUUGGAUCUUAUCAGCUGAUGGUAGUUGAUGACUCUGAAAAUGACCAGUCUGUAACAGCUGAGCAAAAUGGAACUGGUCAGUCAGUAACAGGAGAUCAAAGUGUACCUGAUCAGUUUGUGGCAGUUGGUCAAGUUGAAACUGAUCAGUUUAUAGUAGAGGGUCAAAAUGAAGCUGGUCAGACAGAAACUGAAUUAGUGAAUGGAGGUGGAACUGGUCAGUUGGUAUCAGAUAAUCAGUGUGGAUCCGAUCAGCUCAUGGUAGUUGAUGAGUCUGGAAAUGACCAGUCAGUAAGAGACCAAGUUGCAACUCAUCAGCCCACAGUAGAAGGUCUAGGUGGAGCUGGUCAAAUGAUAUCAUGGAAUCAAAGUGUAACUGAUCAGCCCAUGGCAGAUGAAUGCUGUGAAAAUGAUCAGACUGUAGUUAAAGCUAGAGUUGGAACUAGUCUUUCAAGUACAUAUAAUCAGAGUGUACCUGAUCAGUUUGUGUCACUUAGUCAGGAUGGAACUGAUCAGAUUGUACCAGGGAAUCUAAGUGGAAUUGAUCAGGCUCGCCCUGACCAGCCUAAAGUAGCUGCAAAACAUGGCACAGAACAGUUCAGUUUAGCAGCUCCAAAUGACUCAGAAACUGCAGCAGUACAUGCUGACCCUGAUCUGCCCUCUAUUACUGACCAUUCCAUACCUGCUUCACAUGAUAUUAAUGAUCAGUCCUUGCCACAUGAUAUUACUGAUCAUUCCUCAGCACCAGAAAUAGAAGGCACAGACCAGUGUAAAACAACGGUACAGGAUGGUGCCAACAAAGUAGCUACCCUGGAUGGCACUGGUCCUGCACAAAGAGUUUUGACCCUCUAUGAUACUGCUGCCCGAGAGGAAUUACUCAAAGAACUGUGUGGCAUAAAGUACUUUACCAUAGUGAUUGAAGAAGAGUUGGAAAUUGAUGGCCAAGCAUACAUCCCUGUAGGAAUACACUACCUUGACAAACAAGAUGAUCAGUGUGAAAAUAUAUUAGCCUUUAUCCCCCUUGUCAAAAACAUUACUUCAUUUGUGGAUACUCUGACCUUUGUUCUCUCUGAAAAGUGGGGUUUAAACUUGGCAUUCUGUAGAGGUCAGACUUUGGCAAGACCCAGUGCUUCAGGCUCUCAGAUGAGACAGGCUUCAGCUUUGCUUUCCCAGAGACUUUCUCAUGCUUUCGGUGUCCUAAACCCUCUUACUCUGAAGGCUUUGACAGCAAGUGCAUCCUCCCUAAGAGAGAUAAUGCAUAGUUUUGAGUGCUUGGAGCAGCUGUUAAGGUGGUUCUCUGAUGAUGUUCAGCGACGGGUAAGGCUAGAGAAAGCUGUUGUACAUUUGUUUCAACAGGAUGAAAAGGCCAAUGAGCUGAAAGCCAAGCUAAGCAGCAAUCAAUGGGCAAUGAGUCAUGAGAUUCUGGAACAUUCUACAGACAUUCUAGAAGCCAUCAUCCUUUGUUUGAAUGAAAUGAAGGGUGACCAUGACAAUGAGGCAAAUGCAACACAGGCUCAGAGCUUCCUUUCCACCAUCCAAAACUUUGAUUUCAUCUUGACCAUUGUGAUCAUGAAAAACAUCUUGAGCCUCACCAAAAACCUAUGCCAGAGUCUUCAGGGAAAUUCAUAUGAUGUGUAUCAAGCUGUUAACAGCCAGCCUGAUUUCCUGUCCUCUCUCAGUGAACUUAAGAACCGUAUUGACUCUCACCAUCAAAUCUGGUUUCAAGAGGCAUUUGCAUUGGCUUCAAAGCUGCAGGCCACAAUGUAUCUUUCACUACAGCCACCCGUGAAUGUGCACUACAGAGAGGACAUCAGUAAAAGGACCAUUGAGCACUGUAUUGCUGAAGUGGAAGGGCUCUCCCAGGAUAUUCUGUCUGCUCUUCGCUGCUUGCAGGUUGUGCCUUAUGUCAUGUCCAAAGUGGAAGGAUGCUGCAAGGAUAUUGAGUUUGUCAAGGUUUUCCAGGAGGACCUGCCUGACCCAGACUCCCUCCAGGCUGAGCUGCAGAGGUGGUGGGACAGGUGGCAAGGCCCUAUUGCAUCUCACCAAUACCUGCCCGACACCAUUAUUGGCACUCUCAAAACUUCUGACAUCCAGUCUUUUCCCAACAUUUCAACAAUUCUCAGGCUUCUGGCAGUCCUGUCCUGCUCCAGUAUGCAGAGUAGCUUCAGACAGGGAAAGAUAACAUCUGAGCUGUAUCCUCUGUAGAAGUCUGACCUUAACUGCCCCCAAACAAGGUCUCCAUUAGAAUGUCAUACACUGCUGAAUCUUCAGAACAGCUCACUGUAUUUUCUAAAUUGUAGAUCCCAUCUGACUGUAGGUUUCAGUACGCUUUUUUAAUUAGAAAAAUUAAUUAGACCUGUGUACUUUUAAGGAUAAUCACUUUAUGGUUUUAUUGUUUUUUUUCCUUUUACAUAAGUGGCAUGGAUAAAGCGGACUGCCAGUUGGGACCAAUGUCUUGCCAAAAAAAAACAAAAAGAGAAAGAAGAAAAAAAGAUGCCCUUUGGGGUGCUUUACUGCUUUGUGCCUUUAAUGUAAAUACCCUACAUAACUGAAUCGUCACAAAGAAAAAGUCUGAAUGGAUGCUUUCACAUCAGACUUUUUUGAAAUUUCCUAAUAUCUUCAGGAACUUCAAAUCAUGUAAAUCCUCUAAAAUGCAUUGGAUAAACAAGAACCAUGUUUUAUCACACUGAAUUAUGAUGGUUGUGUUAUGUUGUCAAAAUGUCAUCCCAUGGCACAAACUAAAAUGUUCUUUCCCUGUAUCAUUAUGCGUGUUACAGUGGUUGAUUUGUUUGCAGUUUUAUUUAGAUGAAUAGAUUUUUCUGUAAACAUUUCUCCCAGAAGCCCUCCUCAUGAAGGAAUGAAGGCAUUCAUAUAUAUUUGACUAAAAUAAAUAAAAUGAUUUGAAAAGAAACAGCGUUUACAUUUUAACCUCAAUUAGCUAGUGUAUUUUAAAUGAUGUCCACAAGAUGGCAGUGUUAUCCUUUUAUGGUUUGUCAAGAGGGCAAUUACUGGUUCUUCACUGUAUGUGUUCUUUAGCUAUGCCCUAAUAUCUUUUACCUAGAUGAUGAGUAAUGCCCAGUAGGAGCUCCAAUAAUCAAUUUACCAUCAGAGAAGUGUUUUCGUAUUAUAUUGUAAUAUAUUAAAGCAUUUUACAGUAUUUUAUUAGUAGUAUUUAUUUUUUUUCAAAACUAAGGGUAACAAUCUUAGUGUGGUUCACCACUUUUUACACCACUUCGUUUUCCCUACUCUCCCACUGAGUCAAAGGUAGUUAAUGAUUAAUGUGUUCACUUCUUAAUACCUUUUAUUUUUAUAUUUAUUUAUAUAUAAAAUGAGUUCAUUCUUUUCACAGUUGCUUUGGCCCCCUGUAGCCUGUCGAUGAUUUGUAGCCAUUCUUUAACCCCUUCGUUCAUGGACUGCAGAUCCAUCACAGUACAUUGUUUUCAGGAGCAGAUUUUGAGAUGUCAUUGAGAAGCAAUCAGUCUCUUAUUUCUAUGUAAUCUUGGACAUUUGAUUCACCCUUGGGGGCUAGAGUCUUUGACCUUUAAGGGCAAUUUCUUGUGAUAGCAGCAGUAGAUGUGGUUGGAAAGCACAAAAAUAAAUAAAUAAAGCUAUUAACAAAACAAUGCCACAGUAAUUACAACUACAAAUCAAUCAAGGCCCAGUUUAUUUCUUUAUUGUGGCAGAUGGAAUCCAUGGAUUGCAGUCAAGAGAAAAUAAAGGAGUAGCUUUUCUGAAACUAAUGAAGAUUAUUCCAGAGAAUGUAUCUAUUUUCUUUUCUCCCCAGGACUAGACUGGGAUAAAAGUGUCUGCCAAAUAUUUAAAUGAAUUUUAAGUUUGUGAAAUGGAUGAAUUUUUAUAGAAAAUGAUAGACCGCAUGAUGGUUUGUACAAAAACUUUUGCAUAGUCUAAUCUUGCUAUGUUGCUGAUUGGAAAUAUGGUUAGACAAUAGUGUCCAACAUACAAAAGAUCCAUAUGUCCUCUCACGGGCUGCAUACAAUCUAGAAGAAUAACCACUUUAGACCUAUCCCAAAAUCAAUUGCUCAUUUGGUCAGUUCUCAAAAGGUUUUUUUUUUUUAUGAGAAAGUUUAAUAGUGCGUUGACGAGCCAAAUCCUUGCCUGUCUUUCAUCAACCAAUGCGUUAUGCAUACCACAGAGGUUUUUAAUUCUCACCCCAUUUUCCACAAGCAAUAAAUUGUAAUUAUUAGUGUGAUCUGCCAGCCAUUGCACUAAAAAGUUGCUUCCAAGAUUAAUCCAAUUUAUCAUGUCAUCUUUAGAAAUCACAUUCCCCACAUCUCAAAUGAUUGCUGAGUCCAAAGGCACAUUGAGGACAAGAGUUGAAACAUGCAGAGUCAAGGGGGCUUGUAUCGUGUUCCUUACAGCUGCAAAAUGGGCUUCCUGUUGUUAGAUACUGUAAGAUUCAAAGACAUUGUUGCCCAGGUAAAGUUUAUGGAUUAUAAGAAUUUGUAACAUUGAACACCUGACCUAUCUUGAGGGAUUAUUGUUUUUGAAUUCUCAUUUUUUUGUCAGCCUUUCCAAGGCUAAGAACAUGAGGCUUAAAAUCCCUGGAGCCAUUAACUGCAAUGGAAAUGCGGAAAUACCUUUUCUCUUGUGUACUUGGAUUAGUGCAUUUCCUCUAACAUUCAAAAGCGCUCACUCUGAACAUUGAUUCUGUGUGUUCUUCUGGAGCAUCCUCUGUUCUGAUCACACUGAAGAUGGCUCAUGUAUUCUGUCUGUAUACCGAAACAGAUGCCCUCUCCCUCCUCUCAGAACAAGAGUCUAAUUGUGUCUGCUCAGCCCAGUGUGAAAAGUAUCUCUCCAUGUUCUUUCUGCUCAUCCACAAAGCAAACGGAUCCGUCUCCUCUGUUGGCUGGGCUGUUUGUAGACUGGAUUAUGCCUGAGUCCUCCAGACCUCUGGAUCUCAGAGACUUUUCUGUAUGGCUCUCUUCCAACAUCAGCUUUUGACAAACUAAAUGGUGAAUGCAAAGCAAUAUGUAAUGCAGGAUGCUCCUACUUGGAAUGCAUUUAAUUUCUUAGUCUCUUAAUUAUGAUACAUUUUGGCUGUGAUCUUGUAAUCUUUAAAAUCAAAUAUAGUGUCACAGAUGUCUGAUUAAAAAGUGUUCUUCAUUUUAACAGCAGUUUUCCCCUCUGUUUGGUUGCAUUACAUCGUCUGCUAAUCUCCAAGCCAAACUGAGAAUUGCCCUAAUUGAACUCCUGAGCUUGUUUCCUGCUGGAAGUCAAAGCUGGGCCAUGCCGUAGGACCUGUGGCGGUGCAUAAUCAUGUCCAUACUCAGCAUGGUUUUAACUACACUCCUGAGAGAAACGCAGAGGGCUUAACAGGAUUUUAUUUCAAGGUUUCCGUGCA